UCUCUCUCUCUCUCUCUCUCUCUCUCUCUCUCUCUCUCUCUCUCCAUUACUCCACCCCCGGUCGAUCUUCAGCCAUAUUCUUCACACCUUGCCAGGCCAGGGAAAUUUCGGAAUUUGUUGCAGCCAUUUCUCUCAAAAGUCAUUACUACAUUUCCAAGGGAAGAUCAAAUGGGAGAAAUGUCAGGGUACCAGUUGGGUGUGAUUGGUGCAUUGUUUCUUUCAGUGGCCUCGUCUGUUUCCAUUGUCAUCUGCAACAAGGCAUUGAUGAGCAAUCUUGGCUUUCCAUUUGCUACUACCCUGACUAGUUGGCAUCUGAUGGUAACAUACUGCACACUUUAUGUGGCUCAACGCCUCAACUUUUUCGAGAGCAAGCCCAUUGACAUGAAGACCGUCGUCGUUUUUGGUAUUUUAAAUGGACUUUCCAUUGGAUUUCUCAACUUAAGCCUCGGCUUUAACUCUAUCGGAUUCUACCAGAUGACCAAGCUUGCAAUUAUUCCUUUCACCGUGCUAGUGGAAACUAUUUUCCUAAACAAGCAAUUCAGCCAAAAGAUUAAGUUCUCUCUCUUCCUCUUACUAGUAGGAGUUGGAAUCGCCUCCGUAACUGAUCUUCAGCUCAAUCUUCUUGGCACAGUUCUUUCUCUUCUUGCUAUUGUAACAACAUGCGUCGGCCAAAUUCUAACAAACACCAUACAAAAGAGGCUUAAUGUCUCGUCUACCCAGUUGCUCUAUCAAUCUGCACCAUUUCAAGCAGCCAUUCUAUUUGUCACGGGGCCUAUGAUGGAUCAGUACCUCACCAAGAAAAAUGUCUUUGCCUAUAACUAUUCUCCCAUUGUCUUGGGAUUCAUCAUCCUUUCGUGCGUAAUUGCCGUUUUCGUGAAUUUUAGCACAUUUUUGGUGAUAGGGAAGACUUCGCCAGUUACAUAUCAAGUGCUCGGGCAUCUUAAAACGUGUCUCGUUCUUGGUUUUGGCUAUACAUUGUUGCAUGAUCCUUUCACGUCAAGAAACAUCGUCGGAAUAUUGGUCGCCAUUCUCGGAAUGGUUUUGUAUUCAUAUUAUAGCACACAUGAGAAUAAAAAGAAGCAAUCAGGGGAUCUCUUGCCAGCCUCUCAGAUUAAUGGCAAGGAAACUGCAGCACUUUUGGGGGUGAUUAGCAAAGGUCAAGAAACAGAAAAGUCAUGAGGCCAGUUAUUAAGAAAUCAGCAGCCAAAGACUCUCUUUCUUGUUUAAAAUGAUGAUGACAGGGUUGCGAUACAAGAUUUUUUGUAAGUGAAAUUUUAUCAUCUUUCUUUCAGAUCUUUGAUGUGUAAAGAAGUCUGAUUAUCGAUCCUUCAAUUCCUUUGUAAUAAAAGCAUUAGCUAGCUAGCUCUUGAUUAAUCAAUUGUAUCGGUUUUUCCUUUUAUUCAUUUGCCUCCAGAUCAUCAUAUAUAUAUGGAGGGCAUGGCUUUUGCCAGAAUAUUCGAUUU